AUGGGCAGGUCAGACGAGGGGGCGUCUGUGCUGCAGACCUCCCUGGUGCAGGUUCUGCUCUCCUACCUGCCAUGGCUCCCCAGUGCCUCGGGAGAGACCCCAGCCCCCCCAAUCCCCCAAGACACCCCACACUGCUCUCCUCCCCACCUGCCAUGGUUCCUCAGUGCCUUAGGAGGGCCCCUUCAGUACCCUAGGGCCAGCCCCCUGUCCCUGGGCACUCCACAUGGCCCUGCUUCCCACGGCCACAUCCAGCCUGACACAUGCCCCACUUUCUCUGCCCUGGCCCCAGAGGAGGAGGUGGGCAUGGCGCCCAUGCUCCAGACCACGCGGACCCACCUGCCUGUCCAGGCUCGAGCAGCCGCACUGACUUCAGGCCCCGGGAUGGGCACCUUCUUGGGGGCCACGCGAAGUCUGCAUUUCCCGAGUGAAGGGGCUGUGGUUCAGAGAGUGACCUGUCCCCGAUGCCGGUCGUACGUUAUGAUGGAGCGAGCAUUGGGGAAACCGGUGACUUUCAGAGAUGUGGCCGUGACCUUCAGCCCGGAGGAGUGGGGGCAUCUGGAGCCCUCCCAGAAGGAGCUUUACCGCCAAGUGAUGCUGGAGAACUAUGGGAACCUGGUUUGCUUGGGACUUGCCCUUUCCAAGCCUGACCUGAUUGAGCAACUGGAGCGAGGGGAAGCCCCUUGGAGGCCAGAGGGAGAUGUCCCAGGAAGCAGCUGUGCAGAUUGGGAACCUAGGUCUGAAACCAAGGAAUCACCUCCAAAACUGGGUCUUUCUGUGCAAGAAUCAUCCCAGGAGAGACUCACCAAGAAGAGUCCCUCCACAUCCAGACUGAAAGAAAACCAGACAAAUGAGACCACGUUAUUGAGAAAGAAAAAGGAUAAGAAGAAACCUUCCAAACAUAAAGCCAAUAUCCAAAGGAAAAGGUCAAGUCAAGUGAGAAACCAGAAGUAUGAUGAAUGUAAUAGAAGCUCAAGUCCAGAACCAGCCUUUUUACCACAACAAAGAGAAUCAGCAGCAAAGAGUUUCCAUAAACAUAAUAUGCAAAGAAAGAGCCUAAAAAUAUAUUCAGACCUAAGAAAAUGUAAUAAAACAUGCCCAAAGAAGACAUUGUCUAAAUUCAAAGAAAGUGAGCAAUCCAUCAGUAACAAUUCAAACCUCAAUGAAAGUGAGAAAGCUGGAGAGAAACCUUUUGUAUGUAAUGAAUGUGGGAAAGGCUUCUUUCAGAAGAUGUGUCUUAUUCAGCAUAAGAGAAGUCAUACUGGGGAAAGACCUUACGAGUGUGGUCAGUGUGGGAAGGCCUUCUAUCAGCAAGGACAUCUUAUUCAACAUCAGUCAAUUCAUACUGGAGAAAAACCUUUUAAAUGUAAUGAGUGCUCUAAAGUCUUUCGUCUGAGCACAGGGCUUGUUGAACAUCAGAAAAUUCAUACUGGAGAGAAACCUUAUAAAUGUAAUGAAUGUGGGAAAGCCUUCCGCCAUGGAUCACAUCUCACUCAACAUCAGAGAAUUCAUACUGGAGAAAAACCUUAUGAAUGUAAUGAAUGUGGAAAGACCUUCCGCCAUAGUUCACACCUUACUCAGCAUCAGAGAAUUCAUACUGGAGAUAGACCUUAUAAAUGUAAAGAAUGUGGAAAGGCCUUCCGCCAUGGUUCACAGCUUACUCAACAUCAAAGAAUCCACACUGGAGAGAAACCUUAUGAAUGUAAAAUAUGUGGAAAGGCCUUCCGACAAAGUACACAACUUACUGCACAUCAGACAAUUCACACCGGAGAGAAACCUUAUGAAUGUAAUGAGUGUGGGAAGGUCUUCCGCCAGAGUAUACAACUUACUACACACCAGAGAAUUCAUACUGGAGAAAAACCUUAUGAAUGUGAUGAGUGUGGGAAGUCCUUCCGUUUGGGCACAAGUCUUAGUGAACAUCAGAGAAUUCAUACUGGAGAGAAACCUUAUAAAUGUAAUGAAUGUGGAAAGGCCUUCCGCCUAGGCACAAGACUCAGUGAACAUCAGAGAAUUCAUACAGGAGAGAAACCUUAUGAAUGUUCUGAGUGUGGAAAGGCCUUUGGCCAUAGCUCACAACUUACUCUACAUCAGAGAAUUCAUACUGGAGAGAAACCUUAUGACUGUAAGGAAUGUGGCAAGUCCUUCAGGCAGAGUAUACAAUUGACCCUGCACCAGAGGAUUCAUACUGGAGAGAAACCUUAUGAGUGUAAUGAAUGUGGGAAGACCUUCCGCCAGAGCACACAACUUACAGUGCAUCAGAAAAUUCAUAGUGGAGAGAAACCUUAUAAAUGUGAUGAAUGUGGGAAGACCUUCCGUCAGAGCACACAACUCACUGUACAUCAGACGAUUCAUAGUGGAGAGAAGCCUUAUAAAUGCUUGGAAUGUGGCAAGUUCUUCCGCCUGAGCACAGGACUUAGUGAACAUCAGAGAAUUCAUACAGGAGAAAAACCUUAUAACUGUAAUGAAUGUGGAAAGACUUUCCGCCACAGUUCACACCUUACUCGCCAUCAGAUGAUACAUACUGGGAAAAAACCUUUUGAAUGUAGUGAAUGUGGAAAGUCCUUCCCCCAAAGUGCACAGCUUACCCGGCAUGAGAGAAUCCAUACUCAAGAGAAGCCCUAUAAAUGCUUUGAAUGUGAGAAGGCCUUCUGCCAGUCCUCACAGCUGACUCGACAUACUCAAACUCAUGCUAGAGAUAAACCAAAUGAACUUAAGAAAUGUGGGAAGGCUUUCAGAAAGCCCAGAGCUCAUGAGAGAAAUCAAAGCCUGCAUCCUUGA